GCGAGACCUGGAGAUACGAAGAUCCAGUCAGAGCCGGGAGAGGGACUGAGAGCUGGACUCAAGCGCUGGUGGAACCACUCAGGAUCUUUUGGGGGAGCUCAGUCAAUAUGAACAUGGGGUCUGCCCCUGGAGCCGUCCUCAAGAUGCUGCUUCUGUUAUCUACUCACAAUUGGAGCAGAGUGGAAGCUGGGAAUUCUUAUGACUGUGACGAUCCUCUUGUGUCCGCCUUGCCUCAGGCAUCCUUCAGCAGUUCUUCUGAGCUCUCCGGCAGUCAUGGUCCUGGAUUUGCAAGGCUAAAUCGACGAGAUGGAGCCGGUGGGUGGUCUCCGCUGGUGUCCAACAAAUACCAGUGGUUGCAGAUCGACCUUGGAGAGAGAAUGGAGAUCACCUCUGUGGCCACCCAAGGGGGAUAUGGGAGCUCCAACUGGGUGACCAGCUACCUCCUGAUGUUCAGCGACAGUGGCAGGAACUGGAAACAGUACCGACAAGAAGACAGCAUGUGGGGGUUUUCAGGAAAUGCAAAUGCAGACAGCGUGGUGUACUACAGACUCCAGCCUUCCAUCAAAGCUAGGUUUCUGCGCUUCAUCCCCCUAGAAUGGAACCCCAAGGGCAGAAUUGGAAUGCGGAUCGAGGUGUUUGGAUGUGCAUACCGAUCAGAGGUGGUUGAUCUUGAUGGAAAAAGUUCCCUUCUCUACCGAUUUGAUCAAAAAUCCCUGAGCCCAAUAAAAGAUAUUAUUUCUUUGAAAUUUAAAACCAUGCAGAGUGAUGGGAUUCUACUCCACAGGGCAGGGCCAAGUGGAGAUCAUAUCACGCUGGAGUUAAGAAGAGGAAAACUCUUUUUACUUAUUAAUUCAGGUGAUGCUAAACUUCCCUCCACUCAUGCACUGAUCAAUCUCACCCUGGGCAGCCUGCUGGAUGACCAGCAUUGGCAUUCUGUGGUCAUCCAGCGUUUGGGCAAACAGGUCAACUUUACAGUGGACGAGCACAGGCAUCGUUUCCAUGCACAGGGAGAAUUCAAUUACCUGGAUCUUGAUUAUGAGAUCAGCUUUGGAGGGAUUCCAGCACCUGAAAAAUCAGUGUCAUUCCAAUAUAAAAAUUUUCAUGGAUGUUUAGAAAAUCUCUACUAUAAUGGAGUUGACAUCAUUGGUUUGGCCAAACAACAAAACCCGCAGAUCAUCACCAUGGGAAAUGUGUCGUUUUCUUGUUCACAACCACAGUGGAUGCCUCUGACUUUUCUGAGCUCCAGGAGUUACUUAGCUCUGCUGGCUUCUCCCAGAGAGGAGGAAAUUUCAGCCAGUUUUCAAUUUCGAACCUGGAAUAAGGCUGGACUUCUGCUCUUCAGUGAACUUCAGCUGGUUUCAGGGGGUCUCCUCCUCUUGCUUAGUGAUGGAAAACUUAAGCUGAAUCUCCUCCGGCAGGGAAAAUUACCCAGUGACAUCACAGCAGGUGUUGGAAUGAACGAUGGCCAGUGGCAUUCCAUCUCUGUGUCUGCUAAAAGGAACCACCUGAGUGUGGUGGUGGACGGCCAUGUGACCACUGCUUCUCUUUUGCUUGGGCCUGAGCAGCUUUAUUCAGGAGGCACCUAUUAUUUUGGAGGUUGUCCUGACAAAAGCUUUGGAUCGAAAUGUACAAGCCCAGUUGGUGGAUUUCAGGGAUGCAUGAGACUCAUUUCUAUCAGCAACGAGGUGGUAGAUCUGAUUUCAGUUCAGCAGGGCUCCCUUGGGAACUUCAGUGACCUUCAGAUAGACUCAUGUGGCAUCUCAGAUAGGUGUUUGCCCAACUACUGCGAGCACGGGGGCGCCUGUUCCCAGUCCUGGAGCACCUUCCACUGUAACUGCACCGACACGGGUUACACGGGAGCCACCUGCCACAGCUCUAUCUAUGAGCAGUCAUGUGAAGCCUAUAAACACAAAGGAAACACCUCAGGGUUUUACUAUAUAGAUUCAGAUGGAAGUGGUCCACUAGGACCAUCUCUUCUCUACUGCAAUAUGACUGAAACUGCAUGGACCAUCAUACAGCACAACGGCUCUGACUUAACAAGAGUGAGAAAUACCGACCCAGAGAACCCACACACUGGGGUUUUCGAGUAUGUGACUGGCAUGGAGCAACUCCAGGCCACCAUUAACCGCGCGGAGCACUGCGAACAGGAGCUUGCUUACUACUGCAAGAAGUCACGGCUUGUCAAUCCACAAGACGGAACCCCUCUGAGUUGGUGGGUUGGAAGAACCAAUGAAACUCAGACCUACUGGGGAGGCUCUUUGCCUGAUCCUCAAAAGUGUGCCUGUGGCUUGGAAGGGAGCUGCACGGAUGCCCAGUAUCACUGCAACUGUGACGCUGACCGCAGCGAAUGGACCAAUGACACAGGAUUCCUUUCCUAUAAAGAACAUCUGCCGGUAACUAAGAUAGUGAUCACAGACACAGGUCGGCCGCAUUCCGAAGCAGCUUAUCGACUGGGGCCUCUGCUCUGCCGGGGAGACAGGUCAUUUUGGAAUUCAGCUUCUUUCAAUACUGAGGCCUCAUACCUUCAUUUUCCUACUUUCCAUGGAGAACUUAGUGCCGAUGUGUCUUUUUUUUUUAAGACAACAGCUCUAUCGGGGGUGUUUUUAGAAAACCUGGGAAUUACUGAUUUCAUACGAAUAGAGCUACGCUCUCCAACAACAGUGACCUUUUCAUUUGACGUGGGCAAUGGGCCUCUGGAAAUCUCGGUGCAGUCACCCACCCACUUCAAUGACAACCAGUGGCACCAUGUUAGAGUGGAAAGGAACAUGAAAGAGGCCUCCAUUCAGGUGGACCAGCUGUCACCAAAGACUCAGGCUGCUCCAACUGAUGGGCAUGUCCUGUUACAGCUCAACAGUCAGCUCUUCGUGGGUGGGACAGCCACCAGACAGAGGGGCUUUCUGGGAUGCAUCCGGUCUCUGCAGUUGAACGGGAUGGCCCUGGAUCUGGAAGAAAGGGCCAUGGUGACUCCCGGGGUGCAGCCUGGGUGUCGAGGACAUUGUGGCAGCUACGGAAAGUUAUGUCGCAAUGGAGGGAAGUGCAGGGAGAAGCCCAGUGGGUUCUUCUGUGACUGCUCUUCCUCUGCCUACACCGGGCCAUUCUGUUCCCACGAGAUUUCUGCAUAUUUUGGAUCUGGCUCAUCUGUGAUUUACAAUUUUCAAGAAAAUUAUUCCUUAAGUAAAAACUCCAGCUCCCACGCUGCUUCAUUUCAUGGUGAUAUGAAGCUGAGCAGAGAAAUGAUCAAAUUCAGCUUCCGAACAACACGGGCACCCAGCUUACUGCUUUAUAUGAGCUCCUUCUACAAAGAAUACCUUUCAGUUAUCAUUGCCAAAAAUGGAAGUUUGCAGAUAAGGUACAAGCUAAAUAGAUAUCAGGAACCUGAUGUUGUUAACUUUGAUUUUAAAAGCAUGGCUGAUGGGCAACUUCACCACGUAAAGAUUAACAGAGAAGAAGGAGUGGUCUUUGUAGAGAUUGAUGAGAAUACAAGGAGACAGGUCCUCCUGGCGUCAGGCACAGAAUUCAGUGCCAUCAAGUCUCUGGUACUGGGCAGGAUCUUAGAACACAGUGACAUAGACCAGGAGACAGCACUGGCUGGUGCACAGGGCUUCACGGGCUGCCUGUCUGCAGUGCAGCUCAAUCACAUGGCCCCUCUGAAGGCCGCCCUGCACCCCAGCCACCCGGCCCCCGUCACCGUUACGGGGCACGUGACUGAGUCCAGCUGUGUGGCUCCCGCUGGCACCGAUGCCACCUCGAGGGAAAGGACGCACUCAUUUGCAGAUCAUUCUGGAACAAAGGAUGACAGAGAACCCCUCACUCAUGCAAUCAAAAGUGACUCUGCAGUAAUUGGAGGUUUGAUAGCGGUUGUGAUCUUUAUCUUGCUCUGCAUCGCUGCCAUAGCUGUGCGCAUUUAUCAGCAGAAAAGGUUAUACAAGAGAAACGAGGCGAAAAGGUCAGAGAACGUGGAGAGCGCCCAGGACGUGUUGAAAAGCGAGCUUAAUAUACAAAACACAGUCAAUGAAAGUCAGAAAGAGUACUUCUUCUGAUGGAAUGGCAGCUGCCACCUCCUGAUAAUUAGGAUGGUCUAUUCCAAUAGCCAGGGGCUCUCGAUGGACAAGAACUGUUCUUACAUGAAUGUACAGGCGAUGGAUUUGCAGCACUACACUCUGGCCACAUCCAGGCUCUGGAGGGCUCCAGGAGACCUCCCCCAGCGACAAGCUUCCCGUAGCCGUCAUCCUAUGUAGCGAGGACCUAGAUCCUGCUGUUAACUUUCAACCGUUUCUGAUAUGAUCUAAAACAAGCUGAACUUGCUUCAUGACUACGGUUUUUAAAUGGGAAAACCGUAGCCCCGGUCUCUUUCCCUCUGUAAUGCAUAAGUUUCAUUAGAGGUCACAAAGAAAUCUGAACUGCCAUGACCUUGCUUUGUUUGAGAACAUGCUGCGUUUGCUUUUGUCCUCCCGUGAUGUUGUUCAUAGACCUGGAAAUGCUUCUGAGAUCCUCUUUGGCUGGUGUUUGCAUCUUCAGUGGCCAAAAGUAUAUAAAGCCCCUUUGCCUUUCUCUGUGUUACAUUCACUACAUCAAUAGUCCUGAGAAAAGUUCUGUUGUCCCGUUGCUUGUCCGUAUUGCUUUUUCUAUUUGACUCAAUGAUUUUGAAUCCAUUUGGUUUUGAGUGUCAGACUUUCUCUCUGAACAUACAGUUCAUAUGUAAAAAGACUCAAAGAACAGUGCUUGUCAGAAUGUGGUGCAUCACCUUUAGGGGUUUUCUAUUUAAUUCGUUGUCAUUGUUUACUGGUGACAGUAGUUAAGACCCCGAUAAAUUCCGAUUUCCCAAAGAAUGUAAACUGUUUUCAAUGAAACUUGUUGAUAGAAAGAAUUAUUAACACAGCAAAAAAAAAAAAAAAAAAAAAAAAAAAAUUUUUUUAAUUGCAACUGUAAUACCUCGAAGGAAAUCUAUGACUAUUUUCCCCAGACCUUUUGUCAGUUUUUGGUAGGUUUAUCUUUCUUGUUUUUUUUUUUCCUAAAGUUUCUCACCAGUGUUUCUUUAAUCUCCCAUGACUAUAUUCCAUAAAACAUUAUUAGAGAGAAAUUGAAGCUUAAUGCUGCAUUCUACUUUCUAACGCAUACACCCCUUCAGGCAUAAAUUUUGCUGUGUGCUGACCUCUAGUAUGUAGUUUUUGAAAUAUGAGCUGUGACUGUGCCCCCUUUUCUGCACAAUCAGUAGACUAAUUACAGGAUGUCCACUCUCAUGGGGGGAGAGUGUAUUGAAUGAUCUAUGCUAAACUGUUAUUCUAGUCCCUUCUUAUCUAGGGUGACAGUUAAUUUCUCAACAAGAAUCCAUAUAACCCACUGACGAGACCAUUCUGACAAGAGAGUAUACAUGCACUAGGAGAUCAAAGAAUUACCAAUAACCCGAGAGAACUGUUACAGUAGUUAAUUUUGAGGCCAUGUAACCAAGAUGCUAGCCUGGAACUGUCUUUGAAUUCCAUAAGCCAACUAAAUAAUAAAGGCACUUUGCUUUCCAUGCUCCCACUUUCAAGUGCCUCCCAAGAGAAAAUUAGAUUCUUUAGUUUGUGUAUACCGUACGUUUGGAAAUCUGUAAACUCACCGUCACCUUAUUUUCCGUGUUUUCUUUGUUAACUCUUCUUGGAAACCUGCGCGUCUUUUCUCAUAGCAUAUAUCCAUAUGGAUGUUUCUGUAAAUGCCUGACUGAAUCUUAAGGACUUGAAUCAACAUAGUAGUUUGUGAAGGACCUGUAUUGGUAAAUGGCAUACUUAUUUUUCCCCUUUAAACUAGAGGUACUGUGGUGGUAAAGGAAGGGUUUAAUGUAGCAAUGGUGGUAUUUGAUGCCAAGAAGAAUGCAGUCAGCAUCAGAGCUUUGAAUCUUUUCUGAGUGUUUGUUUUAUUUAGUAACAGUAUUAACCUUGCCAGGAGCUGGAAUGUGGACAGGUUUAUAAAUGGUGAAGCCACAUAGUCCUCUGUGGUCUGCGCUGCUAGCAACUGCAACCUUAAGGCGUUGCUACAUUGUAUGCCAACAAAAUGCAUUGAUAUGUUGUAUGCCAUGAUUUGAUUUCCUGAUUUGUAAUCAAUUCCUUCUUUUUUUCUUAAUAAAAUGCAUUUUUGAAAUAAAAUGCAGAAUA